UCCCGAACGCCGCCGAAGCUCCGGGGAGGGCAGGCAGCAGCGCCACGCAACAUGGCGGACGGGGAGGAGGUUACUCUGGACGGGAGGCCGCUUCAGGCGUUGAGGGUCGCCGACCUGAAGGCGGCUUUGGAGCAGCGGGGCCUGCCUAAGAGCGGGCAGAAGAGCGCCUUGAUUAAGCGGCUCCGUGGGGCCCUGAUGCUUGAAAACCUCCAGAAGCAUUCAACCCCCCACACCACCUUCCAACCCAAUUCUCAGAUCGGGGAGGAGAUGAGCCAAAACACCAUCAUCAAGCAAUACCUGGAAAAACAGCAGGAGCUGCUGAGGCAGCGUCUGGAACGGGAAGCUCGGGAGUCUGCCGACCUAGAAAGCAAAAGCUGCAUCAUCUCACGCAAGAGGGAAGAAUCGGAUGAAGAGGAAACCCGGAAACCAGAACAGCAUCUCUCCCGCGUCAGGCAGGCCAGAACAGUGAAGACUGCAGGAGACGGCCAUGCGUUGGUGAGCGAAGAGCAGGAGACUUCCCUUCGGAGUCGGAGAGCUGCCCAGCGCGUGCCUGUCAAAGAGGAGGAGGAGGAAGAGGAGGAAGAAGAAGAGGAGGAGGAGGAGGAAGAAGAGGAGGAAGAAGAGGAGGAGGAAGAGGAAGAUGCGCCCCCUUUGCUGGUUGGCCAGAAGCCCGUGAGGCCUGAGGAGCCGGGCAUGUCAGCUCCCCAAGAGACGGGCAUGUUCCAAGCUUCCCUGCCCAUCAUCCUGCAAGCCCAGCAAACGGAGGCUUGCUCUCAGAUGCCAGACAGCCCAAGUGGCGAAGCCGCCGUACCAGUCCUUGCACACUUGCAGAGGUCAGAAGACGAGGAGGCUCAGCCCCAGGUGACAGACCCUGGGGAAAAGCAACAGGCAGCUCUAACCCUGGUGGAAUCCCCCGUGGAAAAGGAUCCUCUCCCGGAUACCCCAAAGGAGGUUGUACCCCAGUUACCCGAAGCCAUAAAAAUGGAGACUGAGGAAGACCCGGGUCUUCCGAAGGAGCCGAGUUUGACUGAAACUCCCCAGGAGAAGGAGGAGGAGAUAAUGGAACAGGGCAAGACCCCUGUGGCUGUUGUCUUGCAGAAGGAGGGCGAACCCCAGAGCAAGGGGACCCCAGAAGCAGCAGCAACCCAGGCACUGCGCAGGCUAGAGGAAGAGGCGUCUGCUGCCGCUGCGGCGCUAGUACAGACCUCUCUGUCUCCCCCACAGCUGACUGAAGCACAACAGUCACAACAGGAUCCACGGGGGGACAAACCACCUCCACCGCUCCUGACCAAGGAAGCCCCCGCGGGACUCGCUCCCACGGAAGAUGAAACCCCUCCUCAGCUCUCUCAGCCGUCCCCCCCCGCUCAGGAAGCUUCAGCUGUGGCCAGCCUGGGAGCCUCGCUGUCCCCCUUGGCGCUCCUGCCACACCAACCCUUAUGGCCCGGCAGCUCCCGCUCCUCCUCGCCCUCCAGCUCCUCCCGCUCCUGUUCUCAUUCCCAUUCCCUGGGCAGCUCACCGCUGUGCUUCCUGGCUAGGAGGACCUGCUCCGCUUCCUCUGAAUCACCUGCUCAGAAACGACCAGCUUUGGAAUCACAAUCCCGCUCCGGCUCGGAGCAGCAUAGCAGUUCAGGCUCCCGGUCCCGUUCCAGCAGCGGGGGCAGCGGGGGCAGCAGCAGCAGCAGCAAGUCCCGCAGCCAUGAAGCUUCGCGGGACAGCAACAGUUUUCCACACACCAAAGAGCCCUCCCAACCCCACAGCCCCAAGGCCCAGCACCAAGAGAUCCCCUCCAGCCCCAGGGAAGAAGGGAGAAGCACCCCAUCCCCUCCUCCGAGGCCACACAGCCAUACCCUACAACACCAACCACCAGCACGCGGCAUGCAGGCCGAGACGUUUCCAGAACGAGGCAGCCCAGAGCCGCUCUUUCCCAUGGAGGAGGGGUCUGGCCUAGACAUCGGGGGUCUCGCCUCGGAGCCGCAGCGCCCGAUCGAGCCACCGCACAACAAAAUGUGAGUAUCAGGGUGGGCUGAACCAUGAUGGGUAGCUCACCUCCCACUCAUAGAGUGCCCACCUUGGGAAGGUUGAUCCAUUGGGGGGAGCAGGGCACCCCGAAAAACACAGGAGACAACAGUAAGCUCUCUGUGGCCCAGAACAUACCAAGCGUGGUGCAGUCCCUCACCAAUCAAGCAGAACGGCUGCAGGAAAGAAAGGAGGUUUGAGACCCGAUAUCACUGAGAAACUGACCGGACUGUGGCCCAUUCCAGUGGGGCUGAGUCAACCUUGGUCUCUUUAAGCCAGGAUCCUGUAGGGGUGACCCUCUGUCCUUUCUCGCA